GUGGACCUACAUGACAGGCAUUGACAAUUGACCCAAUGGGCUGCUAUGCGUACAGUAUCCCUGUACACCCCUGAUGGCCCGAUUGACGUGCGCUGAAACCCUGAGCCUCAUAAGCGGUUUUGCAAAACCUCCAAUUGCUCUCCAAGUUUGGGGCCGAAUUCUGUUUGUUACAAUUGACUCUUGUGUACUAUCCUCGGCGGUAACCUAAGCUUACAAAGUAUCCUACGCUGGUCAACAUUCUCCCUCUGUAUUGUUGUUGCCUCUACGCCCUCACGGCACGUCUACCCGGAGUCCACAGUCAAUGUCUGGCGUAUUAGACGGCCCCGCUGGGUUUGCGCUCCGCAAGAAUGGCACCUGUCUCGACACAGAGGUGGACUGUGGUGCCACCCUUCCCCCUUUUCGAGCCUGUUGUCCCGCGGGAUCACACUGUCCAAGCCAGUACAAUGUGAACUGCUGUCCAUCAGCCGCGAACUGCACGCAGCUGCUUGUGGAGACGCCGAAAUGCGCCAAUGAGACGUGGGAUUUGUACAAUUAUUACGGAUACUUUUGCUGUGAGAAUGGGACAACGGCCUUUGGGACGAGCUCGAACAGUGAUGGUUGCGCGCUGCCGGGGUAUAAAUUCCAUAGCUCUGAGACUCUGUUGCCGCUUGUCUCCUCGGGGAAGGGUACGUGGGACUUGCAAACAUAAAAGGAUUCGUUCAGGUCAAUGCUAACGUACCGCUCCAGCAUCGAUUGCGACAUCGACUUCCUCCGUGACAUCCACACCGUCGACGAGCUCUACAUCCUCGGCAUCACCAACGCAAACAUCGACUCAACCCUCCGACACGUCCUCCAAGACAAACACAGGAGCCAUUGCAGGAGGCGUAGUCGGCGGCGUGGCCGGGGUAGCCAUCAUCGCUUUCUUGGUGUGGUGGCUUCUCAGUCGCCGAACGAAACGUCAACCAGUCGUCCCCGGGUCAGAGGCGGUCCCCGUCACAGAUUAUAAGAAUAACAGCCUGAUGGUCAGUGAACUUGACGGCCGCGGUACUGCAUAUGAACUCGGGGCCAGGCAAAUCCUCACGAGUUACCGGCGGACGCGACAUUCCAUCGAUGAUACAAGGGACGAAGGAUACCACUAGUUAAUCAUUAGCGUCUUUGUCACAAAUUGGCUAUGUGAGUAAUGAAAACGAAAAAGAGAUAGUCAG